AUGGAUGUUAGAACAGUGAUUCUUUUUUACAAUGGAACUUGGGUUGACAGAACAACAUACGUUGAUUAUGAAGUCGAAGGUAUACUAAUUCCAACAGAUUGUUCACAUUAUGAGCUUUCUCACAUAGUAUACGAAGCUUUGAAUUUGGACAGAAACAAAUAUACGAUUGAUCUUCAAUUUCAAGUAACUGAAGGCAUACCACCAAUAAGAAUCAAAGAUGAUAGUGGAUGCAAGUUUUAUGAACAAAUACGAAGGGAAAAUGAUGAUAAGACCAAAUAUUCUAUCUGUGUUAACAUCUCAACAUCCACAACCGACAAUGAACACAAUGAUAGAGUAAACUAUACCUACAAUGGGGAAACUAGUUUACAAACAAGGCAACUGAUACCAAUAAGAACAGAAUAUGCAACAAAGAUGGCAGAUUAUGUGAUUAAACAAACUCAAAAAUCGAUGGAAGAAAGCUCCGAAGCAAAUCAAAUAAUUUCAAAUCCUAAAGUUGCUGAAAUACACAUUGGCCAAGUUUUUGCAAACAAGGAAACCCUCCAACAAGCAGUAAGCCUUCACUCAAUAAGAUACAAUCAACCUUUCAAGGUAAAAAGAUCAUCAAAACUAGACUAUAAACUAGUCUGUAUUGAUGAUAACUGCAACUGGACAUUCUUAGCAUCAAAACAUGGAAAGACUGACAUGUUUAUCAUAAGAAAAAUAGAGCAUACUCAUACAUGUUCAUUGGACAUUACUUCUGGAGACCAUCCUCAAGCUACAAGCAACCUGGUUGGAAAGGUUAUAAAAAAUAAGUUUGUAAACCCAAAAAGAGAUUACACUCCAACAGAAAUUGUGGAUGACAUGGCAGAUGAUUACAGUGUCUCUAUAUCUUACCAAAAAGCAUGGAGAGCUAGAGAAAAGGCAAUUGUGGAUGCUCGUCGCUGCCCACAAGAAUCAUACAGUGAGAUACCAUUAAUUUUAUACAUGAUGCAAAUAUCAAACCCAGGAACAAUUACAGACCUAGUAACAGAUGAAGAUAACAAAUUCAAAUAUCUAUACUUUGCAGUAGGUGCUUCAAUAAAAGGUUGGCAACACUGUACACCAAUAAUAGUCACGGAUGGAACCUUUUUAACAAACCAACAUGGAGGCACUUUGUUGAUAGCAAGUGCACAAAAUGCAAAUAGACAUAUAUUCCCACUUGCAUUUGCAGUAGUAGAUUCCGAAAAUGACAGCUCUUGGGAAUGGUUUCUUCACAAAAUAAAGGAAACUUAUGGCGAAAGAGAAGGUCAAUGCAUCGUAUCAGAUAGACAUGAGAGUAUACUAAAAGCAGUAAAAGAGACCUUUCCAGAUAUAAUGCAUGGGGUAUGUUGUUACCAUUUGAUGAAGAAUAUAAAAAUGAAAUUCAAAAAAGGAGGUGAUGAGCUCAAGAUUGCAUUUAAUAGUGCAUCUAAAGCUUACAACAUAGAAGAUUUUGAAAAGAAGAUGCAAGACUUGGAAAAUAUAGAUGUAAGAAUAAGAGAUUACUUGGUGAAUGAAAUUGGUGUCGAAAAGUGGACAAGACUAUAUGGCAUGAACAGGAGAUACAAAACAAUGACAUCAAAUAUUGCCGAAUCAGUCAAUGCAGCCUUGAAAGCAGCAAGAGGCCUACCCAUCGCAACUCUACUAGAAUGCCUACAUUCAUUGGUGCAAAGAUGGUAUUGGAAAAACAAGAAUAGAGCCCAAAAAACUACAACAACACUGGCAAAAAUACCUGAAAAAACAUUAAAGAAACAAAGAGAUAUGAGUUUAAAGUAUAAGGUUGAAACAGCAAACCUUCUGGUAUACCAAGUACACGACAACACAGAUAUCACAUAG